UUGGGUCAUUUACUCCUGAAGGGCGUUUAGCUCAUUCUACUGUCCUUGUUGAAAAUAAGCUAUAUUUUUUUGGUGGAUUUGUUGAAAAUGCUAAAUCAUGUACAAAUCAAGUGUUUUAUCUCGAUUUAUCUCAGUCAUUUAAUUUAGCUGCUCCACCUUGGAUUUCUCUUACGCAAAAUGCCGGAAUACCAUUCAAAAGUUGCUGGGGAACUGCAUUAUUGAAUGAUAAGGAACAAACUAUUAAUUUAUUCGGUGGAUUAAUGCGUAAUGAUUUAAAUCAAGACGCUUUUGUUUCAAAUGUUCAUUCAUUUAAUUUAAAUUCAUUAUCGUGGAGUGUACCUAAUGUGGAAGGGACGCCACCUGAAAGACGAAGAAGUAUGAAGGGUGUUAUUGAUAAUACUGGAAAAAUAUAUAUUUUUGGUGGAUAUAUUGAUAAUACUUUAGGUUCAGAAACAAUAAUACGAUACAAUGAUAUGGUCAUCCUAAAUACAGCUGAAUUAUCAUGGUUAAUCAUUCCAGCUAGUAAACCAAGUACGCUAAUUUCUUAUACCGCAACUAUGUUAUCUAAUGGAGUUAUUGUAUAUAUUGGAGGUUUAAUGUUAAUAGAGGACACUCUAAGAAUAGAUGAUAUUAAAAAUAUUAAUUUAUAUGAUACAAAGUCUCAAAUUUGGUCAGUGAAAACAGCAAAAGCUUCCAAUAUAAUUCAAAAUCGUUGUAGACAUACUGCAGUCUUAGAAAGUGCAAAUAUAACGACAAAUUCUGACUCAAAAACAACAAAUUCAUCGCCAUCUACGUCAACAAUUGUUGCAAAUAAUUCUAAUAGUGACUUGGUAACAAUGAAAAUUGUAAUCGCAUCAAUUGGAGGAACUGUAGGCGCCGUCAUAAUUAUGGCAUGUGGGUUUUUAUUUUAUAGAUGGAAUAAAAAUAAAAAAAGUAAUGAACAAUUUCCUAGGUACAUUAACGAGGAACAUACUUUGCCUGGAAAUAUUGUUGAUCAUAAUAGUAAUACUUAUAUAACUAAGUAA